GGCAAACGUCUCCGCCUUACUAACUUCCGUCUUUUUAACUUAUACAACGGUAAAAUUAAUUUCUGUACCAAAUACCAAAGUAGCAUUAGUCCAUCGACUCAUUCAACUACUCGUUUUUACUUACACAGCUGUGUAAGUCAGUAUAAUUGUUAUGAUCUUUUAUUCACAUUUUCUAUGUACUUCUAGUUAUAUUUUGUAUUGGAAGAGAGGCUAUCAACAACUACAAAGGCCAAUUGGAAUUUCCAUUACAAAAUUAAGAUACAAUAUUACUGGACAAGAGGGUAGACGCAUCUCGUAGUUCCAGGUUUUUUUCUGUUCGUGGGACACCGACGAUUAUAAGAACUGCUACUACUACCGAAAAUUCUGAAUAAGUGAUCUUAAAUUGAAGAAGUUUAAUUAAGUUUGUAAGUAUUUAUUUAGAUAUGGACACUGAUAUAUGGGAUGCUACUCAACACUCAUUUCCACCAAUGGAGAAUAAUGCUUUUUUCAUUGUAACUCGUGAAACGGUUGCUCCAUAUGAUAUUAAUUACAUAAAUAACAAUACAGAAAUUACACCCGGUAAUCCAGGAGAUUUUCUAUUUUUGGCGCGACAUAUUGUCAAACGUUUAGGAAAAUUUUUCGAAGAAAAUGACGAAAAAGAAUUUCUGUAG